AUGGCAACACCGGGGCAAGACGUCAUCCACGCCUACCGUCGCCUGUACCGGUCCGUCCUCCGGGCCGUGCAGCACGCGCGGCCGGCGCGCUUCGUGGUGCGAGACCAGCUGCGCUCGGCGUUCCGCGAGCCGGGCGCGCAGCUCGACGGCCAGGCCGUCAAGCGGACGGUGUGGUUCCUCGAGGCGGCGGCCAAGGAGAGGGGGCUGGAGCACAAGGUUCUGAAGAAUCUGGUGGAUGUCAGGCUCAGGAGGCAGGCUUCCAUGCCCGGGUGGAAGAGGAUCGUCGCACAGCAGAAGCAGAGGAAUCCCUGGGGCGAUUAUGAGAAGUCGGCGUUUGAGCAGUACGACAUGACUGUUGCCAUGCUGAAUAAGACCAUGGGGUUGUGUCUACGACAUGACCGUGCUCCGCCCAGGACUCUACCCAUCGAGAGGCUGGUCGAGAUCCAUACCCAACUCCUCGAGAAUGAGCUGGUUGAGCGUCGUACCGUCACGUAG